AUCAUUGCCCCAGGAUGCUUUGCGCGGAGUGUAUGACGGAAGGUUUCCUGCGAGCAACACGUGGAAUAUGGAUAACGCUCCAAUGAACAGCUAGCCUAUAUGUUCCUUUCAUUUCAAAUGAUUUUCAUGAAAACUCCCUGCAGUGAGGACCUAACUGACUGACCUAUCAUUGCAUUCCUUGUACAGUGAGGGACAGCGUGGGGAUGGAGUAUCUACCCGACCGUAACUCCAGGUAUAAAGACGUGGACUACUGGGAUGAGAGGUACAAGACAGAGAAGUCGUUUGAAUGGUUCGGAGACUUCUCCAAGUUCCAGCAUCUACUUCAGCGUCACGUCAUGAAGGACGAUGCCAUCCUUGUGCUUGGUUGUGGUAACAGCUCUAUGAGCAGUGACAUGUACGAUGCUGGCUACCACUCCAUCACCAACAUAGACUACUCCUCUGUGUGCAUCGACACCAUGAGUGCCAGGCAUGAUGCCACAUGCCCGGGCAUGACCUGGCACCAGAUGGACGCGCGCCAGCUCUCCUUCACGGACACCUCAUACGACGUGGUCCUGGAGAAGGGCACCCUGGACGCCAUGCUGGUGGAAGAGAAGGACCCCUGGAAGGUGUCCACGGAGACUGCCUGUCUCAUUGACCAGGUACUCAGGGAGAUCAGUCGUGUUUUAAAACCGGGAGGUCGUUUCCUGUCUGUAACCUUCGCCCAGCCUCACUUCAGGAAGCGCCUCUAUGCUCGCCAUGACUACUGCUGGUCUGUACGUACCCGUAGCUACGGAGACGGCUUCCAAUACUUCCUAUAUGUGCUGACCAAAGGGGAGGAGCUUAGUCCAGAGGAUGCCACACUGGAGAGAAGGUUAUUGGAGGAGGCCCAAGAUCCGCCCAAUGCGGUCAGGACCCAGGAAGCAGAUACUGAGUCCUUCCUGUAUUGUAUUGACCUAUAGGAGACAGAAUCUCAAUGGACUCUACAACAGGCUACAAGUGGCUUAUGUUUGCCAUUAUGCCAAAGACUGUUUUUAUCCGCUGUGGUUUUUUAACCAGUUGUUAUACAGUGAUACAUUUUUAGGAUUAUGUCAUGUAUGCGUUGUUUUAUUAAGUGAAAACAUCUUUGAUUAAAACUACUUAAAGGCCAGUCAUUUCUGUAUCAUUGGUGUUCCGUCAAGUCCUCGUUAUAUUGUUUCGCUAAUUAUCCAUCAUUGGAGGUUUUGUGAGACCCCACACUACAAGCUCCUCCGGACAGUCUGUAUAACAGUCCAUUAACAUGACAUCACCUUCCUCCUGGUAUUUGUCAUUGAAAAUCAGAUCAGAUGAAGCUGUUGCUCUAGCUGUAAUAUAAAGCGCAGGGCCAUGGAGAGAGGAAGGGAGAGCAGAGCCAUAGAGAGAGGAAGGGAGAGCAGGGCCAUAGAGAGAGGAAGGGAGAGCAGGGCCAUGGAGAGAGGA